CACUUCACCAGUCAACAUUCACAGUUUGACUCAGCUCAACAAAGGCUCACUCUCAGAUACUAACCGUAGAUCCCAACAGCGCCUCCCAAGGGACAAAGGUGGGAAAUUUCUUUCUUUCACGUUACAAGAUUGAUCCUCUCGAUCAACCUUGCAGUUUCAAUACUUCUUCAUUGCUUGCUAUCAUAGUAGAGGUAUCUUCUUCACUUGAACAAGCUUUGCACAGGACUCUCCUUCGUUCACUACACCCGGUCUGCCUUUUACCAUGGAAGUUGCCCCGGAUCUGUUCUCGCGGACGUUCCCGCGGCCCAAAGUUGGAAAACGAGCACUUGGAUUUCUACAUCUACCUGGCGAACUCCGCAAUCAUGUUUAUGAGCACUACUUCGAGCAAGGAUAUUGCAUCGGAUUUUCAACUGACACGCUCGCAUUUGAGGGGCCAUCGGAGCGCAUUCACGGGCGCAACUGGUUCCAAGGUAUCAACCCACCCAGUCUCCGUCAGAGGGGGCCCAAACAAGGUGUUGGGCGCAAGGUAAUACACAUGAAGCGAAAACUGGGAGAGUACAUCCGCAUUGAUGGGCUACAAACGGAUUGGACGACAAGUAGGACCAUAUCCAGUCUCACAUACGUCUGCAAACAGAUAUAUGCUGAAACAAUCCAAUUCCUGUACUGGGACAACUUUUUCGCAUUCAGCUCUGCAAAGCAACUCCAAGGCUUCAUGGAUGUGGUUCCACGUCGGAAUCUUGCUUCUAUUACGAAGCUGUAUGUCAACUACUGGACUUAUGGUGAUAGCCGUCAGCUUGACGCGCAGAAGGAAGAGGACAGGAGACAUACACUCGAAUACAAUACCGCAUUCAAAAGGGCGUCGAAGUUACUCGUCAACCUGAAACACCUCGAAAUCCGACUAUCUUACAGAGGUAACAAUAUCGUCAUGGCGAUCGGCAACGAAUACCUUGAGCCUUUAUGGCAAUUUCGUCGACUGUCCUCGUAUUGGAAACAACGGAGACAAUGCUCCGAUGGGGACUACGACCAGUCAACCAGCACUCUCCAAGUUGUCAAAAUACAUUUCCAGUCUCACUUAUCGAGUCCUGAGGAUUUUCAUGGACAUCCUCGAGCGCUGUAUGAAGCAUCUGACGAUAUGCACCAACAGUACAGCAAUGCUAUCAGUCAAGUCAUCCUAGGACAGAACGCGAACGAGGCCAUGACUGGAUGCUUGGUUGCCUGGGACAAGCACCACAUGUGGAGGCAUCACCUCCGCUUUAUGUGAACUGGUUGAUUAUUCUACAGGUCAUCUUUUCUAUCGUCAACAUACGAGCCACUAAUCACUACAAUGAACAAAUAUGUGGCUCAUGUGGCCUUUUCAUGCAUUCAGCUAUAACCACUGUCGUCUACCUCUCCUACAGAACUUGCGAUCGACAAAACGAGUGGUUCCUAAAGAGCCUUUAUUUUGCUUCAAGAUAAUAAUGGCACACGUGUGUCGAAGUCGGGUCCUUGUACUGCUAGUGGGUCUCUGAGUCGCACUAUGCUAUACCACUAGCUAUGUUUGGAGAUACAAUGGUGAGGUCUUGCAUGUUUCACUAGCGGAUUCGGUGGAGUAGAGCUCUAUGGACGCAGGACACCCCUCGGCACCUCCAACAGUCAAUAAUUACAACCUAUAAUAAAGAUUGCACUGC